CCAUAGUUACGGCGCUGCGGAGGCGGCGGCCAUCUUGGCGGCGGAGAGAUGAGCGGGUCGAACCCGAAGGCUGCGGCCGCGGGGUCAGCGGCUGGGCCGGGGGCGCUGGUGGCCGGCAAAGAGGAGAAGAAGAAGGCAGGCGGCGGUGUCCUGAACCGACUCAAGGCGCGGCGGCAGGCGCCCCCCCACGCGACAGAGGACGGCAUCGGGGCGGCGGUCACGGAGCAGGAGCUGCUGGCUCUGGAUACCAUCCGGCCCGAGCACGUCCUGCGCCUCAGCCGGGUCACCGAGAAUUAUUUAUGUAAACCUGAAGAUAACAUCUACAGUAUUGAUUUCACCCGCUUCAAAAUUCGAGAUUUGGAGACAGGGACGGUGCUUUUUGAGAUUGCCAAACCUUGUGUUUCAGACCAAGAGGAGGAGGAGGAGGAGGAAGGUGGAGAUGUGGAUAUCAGCGCGGGACGUUUUGUCCGCUAUCAGUUCACACCGGCAUUUCUCCGCCUCCGCACAGUCGGGGCUACAGUGGAGUUCACAGUGGGAGACAAACCUGUGUCAAACUUCCGGAUGAUCGAGCGGCACUAUUUCCGGGAACGCUUGCUGAAAAACUUUGACUUUGAUUUCGGCUUCUGCAUCCCCAGCAGUAGAAACACUUGUGAACAUAUCUAUGAGUUUCCCCAGCUUUCUGAGGAUGUCAUUCGUCUGAUGAUUGAAAAUCCCUAUGAGACCCGUUCUGACAGCUUCUACUUUGUUGACAACAAGCUGAUAAUGCACAACAAGGCCGAUUAUGCCUAUAAUGGAGGCCAGUGACCGCUGUGGGAGUGGACGGGGAGGUGCUUUGCUGUGGCCCGAGGUCCUGGCACAUGGAGGUGGUUGAACCUGCUGUUCGUCAACACACACCUGGAACCUGGUCCCAGGAAGCCAAGGCUGGGGUGGUGGUUUCCUGUGCUCCAAGAGAGGUGCCAAGCAGUGCUGUGUUUUCUUCCCCAGUACUUUUUCUUCACUUUUCCCCUACCCCUUAGGUUGCAGACGUAUUAUAGUAAUGUGAAGGAUUAGGGUAAGGCUACUGGAAUCCAGAGAAAAAAGAAAAUUUAUUUUCACGUAGUCAUAGCUGCCUGCUGGUUGUGCUGAUGAGCCCGGGCCGCUACGGGCACAGCUGUGUCAGGGUAAGGAGGCUCUGGCCAGCCGGCUUGCCAGUCAGCGGCUUUUCCAUAGGUUCCUGGGUGCUGUGAGAAGCUGAACGGUGGGUCUCUUCCAGGCAGCUCGCCCUCUCACUUGCAGUAUUGCCGGUGGCACGGUCUGACCUCAGUUUGAGGGUAGUUCGAAAGCAACUGGAAAAAAAGGGGGUGUGUGUGGGUGCCAGAGUGGAGGCACCAGCGGCCGGCAGGGCUGCCAAACUGAAAAGUCCAUGUUGUGGAGAGGCCUGCUUCUCUGUCUGACUUCCAGGAUCCUCCGCCAGCCCUCCCGGGGAUACGACAAGGUUUCAGCCUGGCAGUGCCUUCUGUUCCCGCUUUGGAGGAAAGACGAGCUUGCUCUGCGUGUCCUGCCUCCUGACUUUUGAGUAUCUCCUGAAAUAGAAUGUGGCAGUGUUUGCUCUCGGAGCAGUAGGAUCUCUUGAGGCCACAUCAGGCCUCGUAUUUUGUGUUUUUUGUUUCAUUUUUUUAUUUCUAGGCUUCUUUUGGAGAGGUUUUAUAAGAUGUCAGUGGUGUUCCCAGCAUAUGUGAUGUGUGGUUAGACUUCUGAUAGUAUUAAUCAGGUUCCUGGGGCUAAUCUGGCUCGUGUUGGGACUGGAUAUAGUUACGGACCAACAGCUACUUAAAGGAAGGAUUUGAUUUUUCAACACAGGAGAGCCUGCAGGAUUGGCUUUGAUGGGGAUUUGCGUCUGAAACUCUGUAGAUUUCUUAUUUAGGAGGAUUUUCCUGUCUGCCUUUCUACUGAAGUAGUUUCUGGAACCAUCCUGGCAGGUCAGACCUCUAAUGCAUAUUCUGAUCCUUCAUACUGCUAGUUGGAGUUCUUUUGGUUGUUUGGAAAGGAUGAACUAGCCUGAGGUGGCUCUCAAAGGGUGCUCUCAAAAAACCUUCCUUGCACAUCCUUGUGGGUUAUGUUUGUCCUCAGGCCCUUACUGGAUAGACUCUUGCCACCUCAGCUCCGUAUGGUUGUCUGACUGUGGGUGGCUUUAGCUGACCCUCUGAUAAGAUGGUUGCUGUGGCCAGGAUUUUGCAUCGAUAGAAAGGUAGCAGUAGGAAGGGCCCAAGUAUGUGGUGAUAGUCAUUGUGAAGCAUCAUAGUAACUGACGGAGAGCAGUCUCCCAAGAUGCUUGGGACAAAAGCCAUGCGGGGCCCAGGAUGGAAGGGCCAGCGCUUUGCCACAGAAAGCCCCUGUGCAUUCACUAACCAGUGUCUCUCCCUGUUUGGAUUCUAGAGCGUGAGUGGCCUUGAACCUUGGCCUAGUAGUGCUCUGUGCCAGGCCAGAAUCUGGGCUGUGCCAGGUGCUGGCAGCUUUCUCACUGAGAAAACCCUUACGUGUGUGUGUUGGCACUGGGUCCAACCGCUGAGGAGGGAAGAGACCAGGCACCCUGCAGAUGGCUUACUCAUCGCCAGGCCGGGUGAAUCUUAGAACCGGAGUCCACUACAAAUCUAGGUGCCUUAUGUGUGGCUCUGUCCCACAUGCUGCUGGGGAAAGCUGCAUUGGCCUCCUUCCCUCCUCCUCUGUGGACAGACAUCAGCACUGCUUCCUUACCUUCGGUUUCUCCUCUAGCAUAUUUGUGUGUGCAUAUUGAGCUUGAGAAUCGCCCCUUCUCUAUGUGACAGUGGCCUAAUCAGGAGAUUUUCUACUAUUUGAUAUUCACUUAGUAUCUAGGAUGUGGUUUUUGGAGCUUCCAGAGCUCUGCUCAGUUGAGUAUGUCUUGGAAACGUGUCCCAGGAUAGAUCAUGUCUUGUGGACUCGUGGGCUGUCUCUUAUAUGCAGUGUUAGCCUUUGCCUGGAGGGCAGAGGAGGCAGGCAUUCUGGCCUGAAUAGUGCUGUAUUCUCCUCCCCACUGGCUUGCCUUAGUCUCACUGGGGACGGUUUUGAGGCCAUGUGCUCAGUCUGUGCCCACCAGGACAGGGAUAUGCCAUCUUCUGCUCCAGAAGGUCUGUCUGGUAUUCUGUACCUGGGAGUCUGGAUUCGUAUGUCUCUUUACUCAGGAAAUCAGAGUUAACCACCCUGGGGUGUUAACCAGGGUGAGUUUCAAAUUCAGGUUUUUGUCCUGAACUGGGGAGAGAAUUGGAAGUCAUGUUUUCUCUGAAAGUAGCUGAAGCAAUCAGGAGUUGAAUCAGGAGGCCAUGUUAUUAAGUUAUCUGGACUGUUGAUAGCACUUGUCUUGGGGUAAUCAUACCAUUGGAGGGGGAGAACGACCUGCACGGGGAGACCCUGCCUUCUGUUCAGAGCUGGUAUCUGAGCGGCAGCUCCCGGAGGAAUACAUUCCAGCAGACCGCCGGGCCCAUCUGUUGCCACGGGGCCUGACGCCUGCACCUCUUCCUCUCCUGUCUUGCUCCUGUUCCGCUGCCUUGGAAUCUCCAGGAAGAGUAUCUCUCUUUUCCUGUGGAGCCUUUGGGCUAAGGUGCCCUUCUUGCUUCUCCAAAGAAGAUCCCUGUUGAUUUCAUUCUGUCCUAAAGAGUACGCGGAAGAAAUAACAACUUAAAGUAGCCGUGGCCUAACGUAGGCUUCCCCAUCCUGGUAUGUUGGCUCGGAGAUCUCUUGCAGAGAAAGCAGUUUUCAGGGGCAUGCAGACUCCCUGAAGACACCUACGGCCUUUGGGCCAUCUGAUUCUCAGAGAGGGCCAGUGAUUCAGGGAAGCUGGGGCUAACUGUAGACCAGCGAUUCUUGAAAUGGCAGUGACGGGGAAUCUUCAAGGGGAGUGCCUUCAAGGGGCAUUCAUUUCUGGAAUGGAUUUCAUAGGCUAUGUGGACUGGAUGAAUUAGGUGAGUCUUGCCUUAGUGUCCUGCCACCCCUGUAGACUCCCAGGGCACUCUUUUUUCUCUGUCAAGUCACUUUCUUUUGGUGGCUAUUGUCACCACGAUGUCAGUGAGGUUUGGGGACUGGAGACAGCCUGCCCCCAGAAUCCCAGCAUAGAUUUCCUUGCCAGGGCAUGGGGCAAGGGGUUCCUGUGCAGAGGUGCUGCCGUCCCCAGUGUGAGAGCCUGGUCGUCAAAUCAUCACUUACAUUCCAUGUUACAGAACAUCUUCGCCACAAGAGGGGUCUGGUGGAGGCGGAUUUACCCUUGUUUUACAAAGGAUCAUGUAAAGUCAUUGAAGUUGUGAAAGUCUAUUUUUUUUCCCCUGUAAAUCUAUUUUUCACAGAAUAUAAGAAACAUCAAUGACCUGAUCUGUCCUUCCUCCUCUUUCCCCUUCACCCAAGAUCCUCAUUCCAGUUUGUAUUGUCUUUGUGUCCAAAGUAAACUAGGUGACUUAUUUGUAUAAAAUGUUAUUUUGUCACAAGAGACAGUAAUAAAAGAUUUUCACAGUA